AUGGACCUCGAAUCACGCAACACAACCCUACAAACAGAACUCGACACCGCCACUCCCACUUCACUGUCGCGCCGCAAUCAGGAUCCUGCCACCUGGUUACCACGAUCUCCAGCCCGCCACACCCUCCAGUCUCAUCGUCAACCCGUUACAUGUGUCGCCUUUCAUCCUGUCUUCUCGUCCCUGGCUUCUGGCUCCGAAGAUGCAACAAUCAAGAUUUGGGAUUGGGAGCUGGGUGAGCUCGAACGCACAAUCAAAGGCCACACCAAAGGUGUUCUCGACAUCGACUACGGUGGUCCACGCGGAGGCACGCUUCUGGCCAGCUGUAGUUCUGAUCUGACCAUCAAGCUUUGGGACCCGAGCGAUGAAUACAAGAAUAUCCGCACCCUACCCGGCCAUGAUCAUAGUGUGUCGGCUGUGCGCUUCAUCCCUUCAGGCGCUGCUGGUGCCCCGUCGAGUGGAAACCUCUUGGCCAGUGCUAGUAGAGACAAGACCAUCAGAAUCUGGGACGUCACGACUGGCUACUGUGUCAAGACCAUCCGUGGUCACGCUGAUUGGGUACGCGACGUUGCUCCAAGUUUCGAUGGUCGCUGGCUUCUAUCUGUUGGAAACGAUCAGACCGCUCGCCUAUGGGAUACACAAUCCGGUGAUGCCAAAGUCACCUUCGUCGGCCACGAGCACGUUAUUGAAUGUUGUGCAUUUGCUCCCGCUGCUGCCUAUCCUCACCUGGCUUCAAUGGCCGGCCUCAAGAAAGCCCCGCCCGCAACUAGCUCGGCCGAGUUCGUUGCGACUGCUGGUCGUGACAAGCUCAUCAAGCUAUGGGAUGCCAGAGGAACUCUGAUUAAAACGCUUGUUGGUCAUGACAACUGGGUCCGAGCCCUGCUGUUCCAUCCAGGAGGCAAGUAUCUACUCAGUUGCGCCGACGACAAGACGAUACGCUGCUGGGACCUUUCGCAAGAAGGAAAAUGCGUCAAAAAUAUUGAGGAUGCACACGGCCACUUUGUCAGCAGCAUGCGCUGGGCGCCAGGAGUGAUCAAAGAUGCUGCCACUGCCAAUAAUGACGCUGCUACCAACGGAUCGAAACCAGGCGACGAAGCGGCCAAAAUCAGCAUUCGCUGUGUCAUUGCAACAGGCAGCGUAGACCUGAAUGUCCGAGUCUUUGCAUCAUAG